AUGCAACGAGUGGACAAAACAAUAUACAAGGACAUCCCAGAAAACAUUCAAGAGUCGGGAGAAACCUUUCAGAAGCCCGAGUACAUUGGCGAGGCAAAAUUCAAACGCCGUAAAAUGUUUGUGAAUGACGAAGCUCUUUUUGUUUUUCAGUUCGACAACAAAGCAACUAUCGAGUACAAACAGCGCUUGAAAAGUCCGGAACUCCAACGAAGAAUUAUCAUUAACUUGGCUCCACCCGUCUGCACACAUUUUUUUGAAAACACCAUUUUUUUGUUACAUCCAGACAGAAAGGUUUCAGUCAUUCAAUUCAUGAAACAAGGUUCGAGUAAGGACUAUGUGUACAAUGCGCCACUCAACUUCUUCCCGUCUUCCGAUUUUUUGGCUGCAAGAUUCAUGAUUGGGUGGAAUGAAUAUAUCGCCGUGUUUACAUUAGCAAAAAUGAUGGUCAUUGAUAGAUUUAACACGUCGAAACAGUUCACAAGUUUCCCGUUGGUGUGCAGCGUCAUUUCAGAAUGCAACAGCGAGGCGUCCUUUGGGUUCCAGGAUUACGUUGUCAUAUUUAAUGACUCGGACACUAACAUUUUGUUCCAACAGUAUUCCGUGACAGCUGGUGUGUUAAUUCAACAAGCAAAUAUUCCACAGGAAUAUAAAGAACGCAGAUAUAACUGUGUUGCGCAUAACGAGAAGGAUGUUGCUGUCGCAUACGAUAACGCGGUGUAUAUAUACUCUCUUGCCGGUGAGCUGAGAACAAACACAACAACGUGCCACCCAAUUAAUUCGUUUAAAUAUAAAGAAGCACCCAUUUCGUGCAUUUAUCUUGAUAACGCGUUCUUGAUUGUCGGCGAUGUGUUGGGAGGAGCGUCUGUGUAUACCGCUACGGGCACGUUUUUGACCCAAAUUCCGCCCGAAGAAGAAGGCGGAAAGAUAGAGAAGAAAGAAUUGAAAAAGCGAGUGACUGCAAUAUGCAGAUUUAACUUGUUUGUAGUUGUUGGGCUUGCUGAUGGCAAAGCAAAAUUCUUUACGUGGGAUUACAGGUACAGCCAUUUAGAAAAGAAGGAGUGUGGUGGUACAAUAGUGAGGAUAUUCCCCCAUCCGGACUUUCCCAAAGUUGUUAUUGUGAGUGAGAAUGGAAAUGAAAAGCGGGUGGUUGGUUUAACGUAUUGGUCACCAAUUGAAAAGUCUUUCACGUUUAUAUCUCCAUACCUGGCACAUUCCCCGGAGUUGCGUUACGUUUCAUUUAUCAAGCCAUUUGUCGAUCAGUUGAGAAUGUUUGUAUCAACCGAAUAUCCAAAUCAGUCUGUUGGGUUUAAACGAACGAUACCAAGACUGAGGGGUGUUUACAAUUUUGUGAAAUGGCUCGAAGAAGCAGACCGGAGCCAUAAAAUGCCAUUUCCAGUCGAUUUGGUGUGGGAGUUGACAAAAGCUAUGCAAGCCUAUUGUUUGAUGCAAGAAGACAUUGCAGCAGGCAAAGAGAAAGAAGACUACUACAGAUUGGUUAGAGCCGAAAACCGCAUAUUGAUUCAAAUGUCCCGAUUGUGUUCUGUCGACACGGUUUCUAUAUCACUGAAGGACAACCCCAAUUUCCCAGACCACACGUACUUGAAUGAUUUCACACACAAUUUCAAGAAAGUGUUGAGCGCUCAGAUGUUCAAGCCAAUGAUUUCUGAUAGCGACUCGACGAACUACAAAAACUAUUUGUGGAAAUUGCUGAAAGCGUUAUUUGAUGACUACACCGACUUUGCCGACACGUUGGAGAGUAUGGACAUUUUAAUGUCAACGAUAAGUAGAGACAAUUUGUACGCCUUUGUCAGCGCAAUCAAGAUUUAUGGAAGGUACAUCCAACUCAUGCAAGACAUUAAAGAGACUGCCUGGACCAUUUCUCAGAUGCUGAAGAUCAAAGAACCGGACAGGUGGUAUUAUGGCGGUGGACUCUAUAUGGGCAAGAAGAUGCCCGAGCUAUGCUCUGACAACCCAAAUGUACCCGAAGAGGAAUAUCCGUUGAAAAUGAAUUAA